ACAACCCGAGCAUUCUGCAACCACAUUCAUCAACGCCACACACGUCUCCUGCUCUCACCGUUCGUUGCUCCGCACAUCAGCAGGACUUGCCAAUGGCGGGAGACGGCGAGCUGAAGCUGCUGGGCGUGUGGACGAGCCCGUUCGUCAUCAGGGUGCGCGUGGUGCUCAACCUCAAGUCGCUGCCGUACGAGUACGUGGAGGAGAGCCUUGGCAGCAAGAGCGCGCUCCUCCUGGGCUCCAACCCGGUGCACCAUAGCGUGCCCGUCCUCCUCCACGGCGGCCGCCCCGUGAACGAGUCCCAGGUCAUCGUGCAGUACAUCGACGAGGUCUGGUCCGGGGCCGGCCCGUCCGUGCUCCCGGCCGACCCCUACGAGCGCGCCGUGGCGCGCUUCUGGGCGGCGUACGUCGACGACAAGGUCGGGCCGGCGUGGACGGGGAUGCUCUUCUCGUGCAAGACGGAGGAGGAGAGGGCGGAGGCCGUGUCCCGCGCCGUGGCGGCGCUGGAGACCCUGGAGGGCGCGUUCGCGGAAUGCUCCAAGGGGAAGGCGUUCUUCGGCGGCGACGCCAUCGGGUUCGUCGACGUGGUGCUCGGCGGCUACCUCGGCUGGUUCGGGGCGAUCGACAAGAUCAUCGGGCGCCGGCUGAUCGACCCGGCGAGGACGCCGCUGCUGGCCCGGUGGGAGGAGCGGUUCCGCGCGGCGGACGCGGCCAAGGGCGUCGUGCCGGACGACGCCGACAAGAUGCUCGAGUUCUUGCCCACCGUGCUCGCUUGGGUCGCCGCCAAAGCCAAGCGAACUGUGAGGCCGUGACAUGCAUGUGUGUGUGUGUGUGUGUGUGUGUGUGUGUGUGUGUGUGUGUGUGUGUGUGUCUGAGUCCGUCCAGUGUGUGCUGAAUAAAUGCACCGCAUGUCGUGUGUUGUACCAAGGGCAAACGAUGCUGAAUAAUUUUGCUGUUUGUGUGCACAA